CUAGGCUGGAUUGUAAAAGAGACUGAAUGAUCAUGGACAUUAUCUUGGGAGCAUUUAAAAAGCAGGAUUUUCACCCAAGCCAAACAAUGGCUUCCUUUUCAAAGCUAACCAUAAUCCUCUCUAAACAGAUUCCUCUAAUCAGAUUGCUUCAUCUAUUUUUUUUUUUUUUAAUCACAAUUGUUGGCAUUCUGCUAACCUUGUAGAGAACUGAUUUCACAUGCUGCCUGCUUGCAUGGCAAUGGUUAACUGAGCUGGCGUGAUUGUGCUUACCUCAACAAAAUCACCGCAGUGAGAAAGGGAAAACAGUGAAUGGGUGGAGAUGAGCAGCCCGUCAGAGAAGAGCUAUGCAUUCUGGCUGGUGCAGCCCAGAGCAGGCUGCUGCAACGACAGCCUGAAGGUGCAGCAGCCUCUGGAAUCUGCACUGAAACUGAAUGCCAGCUUUCUACUGCAUGGAGAAUUAUUAUUAUUACCACUACUACUAUUAUUGUUGUGAUUAUUUAUUUUUGCACAAAAGAGUUUGCUCCUUGAAAUAUGGCCAGUGGUAAUACAUCUAGUUUACAGGAUGCCCAGAGCAGGCAUUGCAAGUUUCUGUCCUAUAUGUUCUACCAGGCUGUCCGAGAUCACAAGCCUGUGUGGAUGCUGGAGGACAUGAGGACUAUGGAGCAUUUCUACUGGGAGGAGAAUGCCAACCUGAGGACAUAUUCCCCUUCAGAAGCCCUGCUAUAUGCUGUGGUGCACAAUCACCUGCCUUAUGCCCAGUAUCUGCUGUCUCAUUUUCCGGAAGAGGCUCUCAAAGUUCCUGGAGAGCAUUUCUGCUAUUGCCCAUCCUCUGCUCCUCAUUUAGCAAUGGCUGUAACCUAUGACAGGAGAGACAUCCUGGGGCUGAUCAUCAGCAUCGCACACAAGCUGCCUAGCCUGAACUCUUACAUCAAUAGGACUGGCUGUUUUCAUCUGGAAGACGGCAAGACCCCUCUGCAUCUUGCCUGCGAGCUCCUGAGAUCAGAGACUGUUCUCAUCUUGCUAGGAAAUGGAGCCUCUCCUAGGAUAGAGGACAGCAAAGGGCUCACUCCACUGGAUGUAAUCCUGGAACAGAUGUGGGAUUCCAAAGUCAAUGUGGCUUCCAAGAAGCUCUGCCUCAAUUACCUCUUGCUCUUCAUGCCGAGCCCCCGGUUCAAGAUGCAGAAGGUCUUGCGGGAACAUCCUGAACACUGGGCAGUGCUGCUUGGAGAGGACAAGUUCAACAGCCUGGUGGGGAACACACCUGCAUCCUUAUAUCUGCAAGCUAUGCAAACCAUCCUCCAGAUUCUCCCUCCCUCUCAUUUUCCUAAAAGCAUCCAGGAACUACCUAUACCUCAGGCACUAAAGCCCCUGCCUUGCUUGGGCAAACAGCAUCUGGCAAAAAAUGGGGUAAACAAUUUUCCAUGAUCUACCCUUUUCUCCCUGUGUUAAAAUCAAAGAUAGGUAAUCAGGUAGGAUUUUCAAUGAUGUGUCAGGUUGCAAACCAAGUCCUGGUAUAAUUUUAUUUAUACUAAAUAAAACUACUCUUGGGUAAGUCAUAUAAGGAUUGCUGCUUGUGAAACUUUGAAAUCUGGACAUGUAUUUCACCCUGGUACCACUGAAAAUCCUAGUAAUAUAUUUUGUUAAAUGCCAUUGUUCUUGUUAUUAUUAUGAUUAUUUCAAUGCAAAAAAUCUAUUUUGUUUUAUGCAUGUGAAAGAUUAAAUUCCCUGAACUG